AUGGCAACUACUAUUUCCUACGGCGAAAACAACUCUGGAUUCCAGGCAGGAGUAAUACACGGGAAUGUCGGGAAUGUCACUAUUGUACAAUCCGAAACGCUGAAUCAAGAAUGCCUUCGUGAUUUGCAUGCCACCAACCCUGUCGACGAUAAAGAACGUAUCGAGAAGACCAAGGGCGGACUACUCAAAGACUCAUAUCGCUGGAUUCUAGACAACAAAGAAUUCAAACAAUGGCAAGACAGCGAGAGAAAUCGCCUUCUCUGGAUCAGGGGUGAUCCUGGUAAGGGCAAGACGAUGCUCGUAUGUGGUAUCAUUGACGAGUUGACAAGAUCGUAUGGGGAUAAUACGAACAUCUCGUUCUUUCUCUGUCAGGCUACCGACAUGCGAAUCAACAGUGCUACAUCUGUCCUAAGGGGGUUGAUAUAUUUACUUGUCAAUAAUCAUCCAUUUCUUCUCCACCAUGUGCGAGCUCGGUACGACUAUGUAGGAAAGACCCUCUUUGAGGAUGUCAAUGCAUGGAACGCACUGUCAGCAAUCUUCAGGGACAUUCUAAACGACCCGACACUGCAGAUGACUUAUUUGGUAAUCGAUGCUUUAGAUGAGUGCACCAAUGGGCUCCGUUUUCUUCUAGACUUAAUUGUCCAGGAAUCAUCAGUCAGUCCACAGAUAAAGUGGGUUGUUUCUAGCCGCAACUGGCCUGAAAUCACUGAGCGGCUUGACAUUGCUACCCAGCUAGCUCCGAUCUCAUUAGAGCUGAAUGAGGUUUCUGUGUCUGGAGCAGUGAAUCAUUUUAUCCACCACAAAGUUCAGGAACUGGUAAAGGCUAAAAAGUACAGCCAAAAAACUCGCGAUGGUGUUCAAUCCUACCUAUUGUCAAACUCGCAAGGUACCUUCCUCUGGGUGGCCUUGGUGUGUCAGAACCUUGAAAAGAUACGAAUAAAUGUACUCAAGAAGCUAAAAUCAUUUCCUCCUGGGUUGGAGGCUCUAUAUGGUCGAAUGAUUGACCGAGUUCGCGAAUCUGAAGAUGCCAAGCUCUGCAAGGAGAUACUGGCAAUCAUGUCAACAGUUUUUCGGCCUAUUACGCUACACGAACUGACUUCAUUUAUUGGACUACCGGACGACAACGACGACGACGAUGAUCUUGUUUCUCUUGAAGAGAUAAUCGCAAUCUGUGGAUCUUUUUUAACGUUACGGGAACAUACUAUUGUGUUUGUUCAUCAGUCUGCAAAGGAAUUUUUACUCAAGGAAGCACUCAGUGAGAUACUUCCUAGAGGUAUAGAGGCUGAACACAACGUGAUAUUUAUACGAUCUCUCGACGUUAUUUUCAAGACACUUCAACGUGAUAUCUGGAAUAUCAAAUUACCUGGACUACACCCGAAGGAUAUUUGCAAACCUAGCCCAAAUCCACUUGCAGCGGUAGAGUACUCAUGUGUCUACUGGAUGGACCAUCUUGAAGCUAGCCUGCUUAAUGGAGCUUGUGAGCUGGGAGUCUAUGACAGAGGUCGCGUGGAUACGUUUCUGCAGCAGAAAUUCCUCCACUGGCUCGAAGCUCUUAGUAUUUUGGGAAGUAUUUCGGAUGGUAUCCAAGUGAUGCAAAAGCUCGAGAUUUUGAUUGAGGAUGAGAGACCAGACUGGGUCUUGAAAUAUCCUGUGAUAGAGGAAAACUGGAGUCCCUGUCUUCAAACUCUUGAGGGGCACAGUGAUUCGGUCACGUCGAUUGCCUGGUCGCCAGAUGGAAGCCGACUCGCAUCAGCGUCUCGUGAUAAGAUAGUCAGGAUCUGGGAUCCGGCUACCGGCCAGAGUACAUCAACCCUUGAGGGGCAUGGUGCUUCAGUCAGGUCGAUUGCCUGGUCGCCAGAUGGAAGCCGACUCGCAUCAGCGUCUUAUGAUAACACGGUCAGGAUCUGGGAUCCGGCUACCGGCCAGAGUAUAUUAACCCUUGAGGGGCAUAGUGAUCCGGUCGCAUCAAUUGCCUGGUCGCCAGAUGGAAGCCGAUUCGCAUCAGCGUCUGAUGAUGAGACAGUCAGGAUCUGGGAUCCGGCUACCGGCCAGAGCAUAUUAACCCUUGAGGGGCAUAGUGAUUCGGUCACAUCGAUUGCCUGGUCGCCAGAUGGAAGCCGACUCGCAUCAGCGUCUCGUGAUAAGACAGUCAGGAUCUGGGAUCCGGCUACCGGCCAGAGUACAUCAACCCUUGAGGGGCAUGGUGCUUCAGUCAGGUCGAUUGCCUGGUCGCCAGAUGGAAGUCGAUUCGCAUCAGGGUCUGAUGAUAAGACAGUCAGGAUCUGGGAUCCGGCUACCGGCCAGAGUAUAUCAACCCUUGAGGGGCAUAGUGGUUGGGUCGACUCGAUUGUCUGGUCGCCAGAUGGAAGCCGACUCGCAUCAGGGUCUGAUGAUGAGACAGUCAGGAUCUGGGAUCCGGCUACCGGCCAGAGUAUAUUAACCCUUGAGGGGCAUGGUGCUUCAGUCAGGUCGAUUGCCUGGUCGCCAGAUGGAAGCCGACUCGCAUCAGCGUCUCGUGAUAAGACAGUCAGGAUCUGGGAUCCGGCUACCGGCCAGAGUAUAUCAACCCUUGAGGGCCAUGGUGCUUCGGUCAGGUCGAUUGCCUGGUCGCCAGAUGGAAGCCGACUCGCAUCAGCGUCUUAUGAUAACACGGUCAGGAUCUGGGAUUCGGCUACUGGCCAGAGCGUGUCAAAUCUUCCUAUCGGCUUCAUCGACUCUCUUCAAUUCGACAACGAUGAUAUCAACCUUCUGCACACAACUAACGGCACAUAUGACAUAGGCUCAAAAGCUCCGAUGACGCCUGUGUCUGACGACUUCAUCUCGCCGCCUAAGCAGUAUGUAUACGGAUUAAGCCAGGAACUUUCCUGGAUAACCUAUAAUGGACUCAAGCUGUUGUGGCUGCCUUCAGAAUAUCGCCCAAAUUAUCACGAUAAUUUCGCUACAUAUGCAACCAGAUUGGCGAUCGGCUGCUCAUCAGGUCGUGUCAUAUUGCUCAUGCUCUCAAAACAAAAUCCCGUUUCUAGCCUUUGA